AUGGAUCGUUUGCAGCCUCCAGUGGAACAUACAACGCACUUUGAUUGGCCGUACGCCGCCUCAAAGGGAAGAGCGCAGCAGGCACGAGCCUUAGCGAGGACUGCGGCAUCCUUCGCUGCUGACGACCAUGCGGCAGUGACACCUGCAGCGUCAGCAGCACCGCCAACGAGCUUACAGGUGGAGCUGCGCUCACCGUGCGUGUGGCCUUCACCUCCUCAGCUGCCGUUGCGGGCGCGCACAGCUGCAGCAGAUGCAGCUGCAGCGAGGUUGCUGUGUGCCCAUUCUGCAAGAGGCAAGCAGACAGAGCAGGCAUUCCAGCAGGGAGGCUGGCGACGUCCUCUGUCUGCCUGUUACCUCCACCAAGCUCGUUCUUUCUCUGUCUUUGUUCCAGCAGACUUCCAUGCUGCUUCAUGCUCUCCCUCGCUUUGGCUCUCUGCCGAUCUGUUGAAUGAGGCGGAGGAGAUGGUGGCACGGUGGCAUGAGAGGCCUCAGAGGAAGAGUCAUCCUCACCUGGCUUCCUUUAGCCGUUCUCCCGUGAACUCUGCAGCAGCAGCAGAUACAGCUGCAGCGCGUUGGACGCAGGCCCCUGGUGUGCGUGAAAACGCAGCGACUAGCCCUUCCCCACGAGAGCCAGCAGCAGUCGUAUCUGAAGCACCACCGAUCAGGGAGAACCCCAAUCCUCAGCGACUCUCUACGACGGCAGUUGUGGAGGCGUCUUCUUCACCAGCAGCUGCCAUCCGACUGUCUUCUGCGUGCUCAUCAGCGGAUCCACUUGCAUCCGAUGGUGCAGAGAAAUGUGUCAGCAGCACUUCGCCGUGUCAGUUCUUCUUUCUUCAUGGUUCCCGCAAUGCAAGCCCUACCAAACAACAACAGCGCCGGCUCAUGAAGGGAGACGAUGGUGCACCUAUUGACUUUGUAGACGUGGAGGACGUUGAGAGUUUUGUCGGUAACGGCGUGCGGGAACCCUCAAGAGCAGCUCACGCCUCUUCUAAUGUCUCCCCAUCAUCAUGUUCGAUGGCGCAUUCGCUGAGAGGCCCUAGAACCAGUGCAUUAUCGGGUUUCUUGGACUCUACUACCACAUCAACAGCGCAUGUAGACAAACUGGCGUCCCUCGACGUGGAUCAAGAAGAUCAAAGCUUUCUGCGCUCGAGCAAAUACGCAGCUGUCGCACGUCGCAUUCUUGCGCUGAUUGAGAGCCGGCAAUUUGGCCAGAACAACAUUCCGUGGGACGCAUUGGCAGACACCGACUCCAACCCGUCUCCCAGUGUUGGCACUGUGCAUACACGGGGGGGUGGGGCCCUGCCCGGUAAGAAAUGGGGUAGUAGCUUACCGCAGUUCGUGUGGAAGCCAGUCUACGAGGGCAGUCCCACGCCUGCUCGCCGCGUGCGCUUCGCUUCUUCGGAGGACUGCAACGGGGGCACAGAGCAGCAGCAGCAGCAGAGGCGAGUAGAAGCAGAGCGCUCUACGGUCGGUGUAGGGGAGCCAGCCUCAGCACCGGCUUGUCCACCGACGGCCUCGGCCUUAAAGGUGAAAUCAAUGAAAGAUAUACCGAAGAGAUGUGAGAAGAUUAUCGUGGCGGCGUCCUUCUGGGAGUCCCUGUUUCUUCUUGGGCAGUUUUUGGAGAGGCACGACGUCCGGUGUGGUUACUUUACAGAGCGCGUGGUCGCAAGAGCUCACAGGAUGGGCGCGUUGCGUCCUGUAUAUGUCGAGUUGUUUGUUCUUCGCGACUCUGUAGAAGAAUCCAUCCUAGCGCGGCGGGCAGAAUGGAGCUCCCAAGACUUCGCCUCUGACGAUGCUGACGAGGAGAAGCACACUGCUUCAGCCUCUGCUCUCUCGGUGGGCGGAAGCUCGUCAGCGUUUUCCUCAGGAACGAGAAGCCCUUCAGGGCCCUCCAAGGGCACAAGAGGCCCCCGGAGGCCUCGAGAGGGAUGUGGAACCACCGGAGACUACCUAAGGAGCAGCAGAUCCAAGCUGGAGUCCGUUCACAACACUGUCGAUGCAAGUGUUGAAGCAGGGGAGCGUGCACCUCAGCGACAUGGGGUUGAAUUGCUUCUUCCCGCUUCAUGCUGCCCGUGGGCCUGUGAGGAUAGCUUCGUGAAGAUCACCCUGAUGCCGCAGCCUUCCUGGGAAAGGCUGCUUGCCGAAUGUCGUGGAAGUAGAGAUGUGCUGCAGCAGUCGACUGAAACGCUUCUCAGGACUCUGAAAUUUGUGCCAUAG